AACUGAAAAUCGAUCAUGCCCGAUUUGAUUUUAGAUUUCAGGGUCGAAAUCCCAUAUGGUCCAAAUCUCAUCUCCAAUAUUUUACCUUCAUUCUCUGUAGUCCAUACAAACUCAACUCUCCAAGAAAGGCCCGCACCAGAUAACAGCCAAAAAGAUGGUUCCUCUCUCUCCCUCUCCCUCUCCAAGAAUUCCCCGCCACUUCCUCGGUUUCUUGCCAUGGCGAUUAUCUCAGCCACACUCCACCACUCACCCUCCCGUCUUUUCAAUCACCACCGCAGACACUGGGAGAAGCCCUUUUCUUCAAGUUCGCUCAUUUCGCCUUCUUGCGCCGGAAGAAUCCAAUCGUUCGCAUCGUCACGACUCGUUUGUAGCGAUGGCCAAUCCGCCGAUAAGAGUCCCAGUUUGGAGAAAUCAUGUUCCGGAAUCAGAAACGAUUCUGGGUUCUCUGCCAGGUUCUUGCAAAUGGGUGUUGAGAAAACCUGCUCUGAUCGAACACUUCUGGUGAAGUCAGCGAGUGCAGACAGUGGUGGCACUUCCGCAAUCUCUCAAAAGGCCUUUGGGGUGUUGCAUUUGGUCGUCUCGCUGGGGAUAAUCCUUGCAAUGGAUAAGUUCUUGAAGAAAGCGUUUGUCGCGGCGGCGAUCAAGUUCCCGAGUGCUCUGUUCGGAAUGUUCUGCAUAUUCUCUGUUCUGAUGAUUCUUGAUUUAACAGUGCCCGCCGCAGCCACCGGUUUGAUGAGCUUCUUUGAGCCGGCGCUCUUGUUCAUACAGAGGUGGCUUCCACUGUUUUAUGUUCCAUCUCUGGUGGUUUUGCCUCUUGCUGUUAAGGACAUUCCUGCGGCUUCAGGGCUCAAAAUUUGCUUUAUUUUGGUUGGAGGAUGGUUGGCUUCACUUUCUGUAGCUGGUUAUACUGCGAUUGCAGUAAGAAAACUUGUUAAGACAGAGAUGACGGAUGCUGAGCCAAUGGCGAAACCUUCACCAUUUUCGUCACUUGAAUUGUGGACUUGGAGUGGUAUUUUUGUUAUAUCAUUCAUUGCAGCAUUUUUGUACCCAACUGCUCUAGGAACCAAUGCCAAAACAUGCCUUCCUUUCCUCCUGGCAUCCACCGUGAUAGGCUUCAUGGUUGGUUCUGGGUUGCCAUCUGGUGUGAAGAAAAUUUUCCAUCCAAUUAUUUGCUGUGCAUUGUCGGCAGACCUGGCAGCACUUGCAUUUGGGUACCUUUCGAAGUCUGGACUGAAUCCUGUCCUAGGAUACUACCUUACAAAGGCAUCUGCCAAUCCUGGAGCUGGUGACAUUCUAAUGGGAUUCUUGGGAUCUGUAAUUCUCUCCUUUGCGUUCUCCAUGUUCAAGCAGAGAAAGCUUGUUAAGAGACAUGCAGCUGAAAUUUUCACGUCGGUGAUCGUCUCAACAAUUUUCUCUUUGUACUCAACUGCUUUAGCAGGACGACUUGUUGGACUAGAACCAACUUUGACGGUGUCGAUUCUGCCUCGAUGUAUUACUGUGGCAUUGGCCCUGAGCAUCGUGUCUCUAUUUGAAGGCGCCAAUUCAUCUGUCACAGCUGCUGUGGUGGUGGCAACGGGUUUAGUUGGAGCAAACUUUGUGCAAGUGAUGCUGGAUAGACUUAAUUUUCGCGAUCCUAUUGCCCGAGGAAUAGCUACUGCAUCGAGUGCCCACGGAUUGGGAACAGCAGCAUUGUCGGCAAAAGAACCUGAGGCUCUCCCUUUCUGUGCCAUUGCCUACGCUCUGACCGGCAUCUUCGGCUCCUUGAUUUGCUCGGUUCCUGCCGUCAGGCAAAGCUUGAUUGCGAUAGUCGGCUGAGACUACAAGCAGCAUCUCGCCGCUCCGACUCCGCGUUCUUCCGGCCUUCUCACCAGAUCCGUUAGGUUGCUACGCUCAAAGGUGUACAGAGUUCAGAAGAGUCCCCUUCUAUGAUUGUCCCCAUUGCUUUGGUAAACUGGGUCAGUCCAGUAGUUGGAGGACUUGCAUUGCCACCAGGACUCUGUCUUAGUGUCUAGCGUUUUUCUGUUCAUGUAAAUGAAGAAAAACAGAGAAUCGACAUCAACUGGUAUUGAUG